UUCGUGCACGCGACCUAUAAAAGAAUAUAAUCUUGGGACUGUGAGAUUUUUGUGUAUUAUAUAUUUACUAUAUUUCCUCUAAUCGAAACGGAUGUGGAUACAAACAAUAUUAAAAAACCACGUGGUGGUAGUAUUAACAAAGAGCAGACAAGACUUUUAAUAGAAAUAAUGGAGGCCUCUAAGGACUUGAGGAAAGGAACAUUUCACCCCAAUUCACUUAUAAGGAUUCUGAAAUCUGAAGUACCUAUCAAUUUUCUAGUAAUGUCUUUGAAUAAACGAAAAACUUCAAUAAAUUGUGCAGCAGACAAACACUCAAUUGGUCCUUUCUAUGCAGAAACCUUCUCAGUCUUCCAGCAAGGAUUUCAGACACUUCCAAAUGUUUUAAAGCUUUUAGAUCUAUUCCAUAUGUUUUCCAUAUUUUGCAAUACAUAAUAUGUUUUUCCGAUUUUUCACUAAGGUUCAGUUCCCAUCACAAAUGAAAAUAACUUCAUAUUUCAUGAGUGUAUCCUAUGGGAAACAUGUUGUUCCCAUGGGUGUGACCAUGGGAAGCAGUUACAUCAGAAUACAUCAUCUCAAAUUUCCAUGGGAGAUUCAUUCCAACGGAUUUGAGAAUCGGGCCCCUGGCAUGUGCUGCCACUGCCACAGUAGGCCGAUUGUGCCUGAGCUCACUGAGCUGAGAUGCUAUAAUUGGAAAAUUGCUAUACAGUUUUGACUAGUUUUAGCAGUUUUGAGUUUAAUUUAAUGCAUGUUUAAUGCUAAAAGGAGUGUUAUGUUACAAGAUCAUUUAUUCCAACAUCAUUUCCAACCUAUAUUUACUAUAGCUUUGGGGUAAUGUAGAGAUUCCACAGAGGGAAUACCAUAAUGCUACUAUUAUCAGAGAAUCUCAAACUGCAGAAAUCACACUUAUAAUUGAUAAGAAUCACCUAGAAGUUGAGGUAUCUGAUGUCCCCCAAAGAACAGCAGAAAGGCCUAACACAUAAUGUGUUUGCUGUGAAAAAUAUCUUCAUAGGAAGUAUGACUACAGAUGUCUUGGCAGAAAUUGAAACAUUGAAAAAGAUAUACUGGUCCAGAAAAUCAGGAAGAAAUUCAAUCAGUUUUUGUUAAAUUUUCAAAAGAAGUUAGGUUUCCUAUGCAGACUGAUACUGAUGUUGAAAAAUUCAAGAAUAUUUCAGGAAACCCAGAAAAUUUCAGCAAAGCAGUACAUGAAUUUGCUGGACUUGGGGGCUCAAAUAAAGCUCAAGUACAUACACCUUCAUAAAAAGAGUUAUGUCGGCGCCUCGGUCGGCGCUAAUGACAAAUGAUAUUGCCAAGCAGUACAGUUGGCUUGGGAGGAAGGGGAAGAUGUCCUUUCAUAAAUUGAAUCUCUCUACAUCACUGAUAGAUAACCCAGACACAAAAUGAUUUUAUCAAUGGUAAUAAAAUUCAAGAAAAUUCGAAAAGACCAUGAUUUGAAACUUAAAGAAAUCCAUACCAAACUUGAAGAAACAUAUUAUGCUCUUGAGAAAUCUGUCUGAAAAUAGAGAUACAAACAAACCUAUUGAGGCUUUCAUUAUUUUAAAAGAUUUUCCUCUCAAAGAGGACAAAUUUCAUAUUGUGGAAGAUGAAUUGAGGGACACUGGAGUUUUUAGGAAAUGGGUUGAAGAUCUGAGUAAAUUGGGGGGAAAUAACUAUAAAGAAACAUCAAGACGAAUUCUCAAGAGAGUAUUAGAUGACCAAUUUUUCAAAACAUUCAGCCUUCAUGAGAAGAUUAAAACUUCGGAAUCUUCUCCUGAAGAUGCUAACAUAGUUGGCGAAACACGUGUCGAGGCGUUAAAAAAUCGGUUUGAAGCUGUCCACAAGAAUUUUCAACAAUACUCACUGAAGGAUAUUGAAAUUGUUAUAGGAAUUUGGCUGUCAAAAUGCAAUGAAAGGUUGAACAAGAAGGGAUUAAGCCAAGAGAGGCCUGAGAGAACAGAGACACCUGAUGAUGACUUGGUUAAUGGUAAUGAUGAAAAGGGUCAAGAAAAGUAACCUUCAUUUUCAAAUUAGAAACAUGUAUUUUUCAGGCAUGGAAAUAAAGAAAUACUGAAA